GCAGCUGGGUCUCGUGCCUGCCUCUGCAAGACUUGACGGACACACAGACUAGGGUAGGGAGCUCAGCCGCAUCAGGCCGGGUUAGAGGAGGGAGAGAUAUGCUCUGCAAUACCGCGUGCCGGUUGGCCACUAGGUUGGUGGGAAGUAGAGAAAGAGGCGUUGUGGCGAUUAGCAGAAACCUUGCGGUCCACGAGGCCGCAUCAUCGCACUUGCCCUCUGCGGCAGCAGGAGGGUCUAGGGCACCAGGAGAAGCAUCAGCCGGUCGAUGGAGAUGGGCUUCUAUGCAGGCUACGCAAACAGCAGUGGAGGGAAUCACCCUUAACGUGGAUGAGAAGGUCCAAAGGCUGAAGCAUCGUAUACCCCAAAAGCGGGCCUCGUUUCUUCUCAAUGAGUUGCGUCAGGAGCAGCGCAAUGGGGAGAGAUGUGAAUUGCCAGACAUGAAGAUUGGGGACGCCAUUGAGGUUACGAUGUAUGCAAACAAGAAAGCGACACGGACGAGCCAAGUUCGAGGAGUGCUCUUGCGGAAGGUGAACAAGGGUAUCGACUCUUCCAUACUGCUCAGGGACGUCAUCAACGGCAACCCGGUCGAGCACCACAUUCCGCUGUUCAGCCCGUUGAUCCAAUCCGUCGAGGUGAUGGAGACGGCCUUCAUAUACCAGGGCAAGUUGAGGGGCAAGCGUGUACGACCGGCACGUAUUUACUACAUUCGGGAUCUGGACCAGAAGCUUUACCGAAUCACUGGAGGCGGUGGAUCAGAUAACUAGCUAGCUGCAGGGGUUGGAAAUGUGUUUUUUGAAAGCCCACAAAAAGGGAGUGACCUCGAUGUGCUACAAUUCGGGGGCAUCGUUAGCGAAGGCCACGUUGGGAGCGAGCGGUAUCACAAUACUUAAAGACCUGCCUUGCCUUGAAGGACUGCAGAUGUAUCACGUCUGUCGUUAUCUUCCGGGGUCUGUCGUAAACGCACCGUUCCACGAGGCCUGAAGAGGAACAUAGACGACAAUGUCCGAGCCUGUUUAUGACAGCUACCAACUUCACCUGGACUGCAAUAGCCACGGGUGACUCGCCACGAAUAUGUUCGUGUAAAGACCACACCUUUGUUCCGAACCAGACAUAGAAACGCGAAUCUCACAUCCCCUUCGCCCACGUCCCAUGAGGGUCUUCACCCGGGCGAUGCUUUAGAUGCAAAUGUGUGGCAGGCGCCGAAAUCGCCGUCUUCAUUACCAUCAAUCAACCACAGGAGUGCACAUUGACGGCAACAAGAACUUGCAACAGCCUAGUCUCUUCAUGUUUUCGGUGAAGUAAACAUUUCAGGUCACGAAACAUCCUUCCCCACUUUUUAUUAUCCUCCUCAUUUUCUCGUAGAAGCAGCGAGAGAAACGCCUAAAACACCCAACAUAUUCAUCUGCUGGCUCCAGUGGAUUUCUCCCCCUGCCUUGCUGUGCUUGACGCCGUGAUAAUCCCCUGUCGUGUCACGGGCGUCUCCGCCCCAUGUCGUUUCUCGCUCUACCCUCCUCGAUCGCCGACAAAACCUCUAUCGCUGCCUCUGUGAUCCGCGUUCCCGGUCCGAAGAUAGCCUUCACCCCCGCCUUCUUGAGGAAGUCGUGGUCUUGGGGGGGA